GAUAUAAUCACCGAUUUCUUUCGCACGCCCAAGACUACACCUCAAACACUGUUUCCCCACAUCACGACAUGUCAUUAGCACAAGCAACAAAAGGCGACAUGCCUUACCAAGUGCGCUCCCUUUAUCGCUCAUUACUGAGGCAAAGUAGCCAAUUCGCCGCCUACAAUUUCCGCGAGUACGCCAAACGAAGAACACGCGAUAGCUUUCGGGAACACCAGAGUGUUGCGGAGGGAAGAAGGAUACAAGAGCUGAUGCAGAAGGGCUUGAAAGAGUUGCAAAUGUUGAAGAGGCAAACGGUCAUAAGCCAGUUUUACCAGAUCGACCGAUUAGUGGUAGAGGGUGGCAAACAGGGCAAGCAGACUGGUAACGAGGGAGAUAUUGUACGGCAAAAGGAUCAAGGGUGGGAUUGAGAAGGUCUUGUGGUAGCUGCGUACAAUUAAUCUGAAGAAAUGACUCUGUAAGAAUACAGGCGUGCUCUGCCCGCACAACCAGGCGCACGUGUCGGGGGGAAUACCUCGACUUUUUUGUGGAAUGACUGACAGCUGUCAUUCAGGGCUGUAGGAUAACUGGUUCCGGUUUCGAGCGUCUCCAAACAGUGCAUACUUUUUGUUUAGAUGGACGA